AUGUUGGCAGAGCUUUGUCUCAUCACCAAUCCGCGUGAUAAGUGGUGUCCGACUAAUCUGCGGCCCUGGCCCGAUUUCCUGGAUCAACAGAGGCUCAUCUUCGGUACACUCUACGACACGUUCCCCGCCGAGAGCCGUCUUUUCGAGAACCGAGCUUUCCUGGCCGGCUUAGGGAACAGGAUCUCUCAGCGGCCGAUAGCAGACGAGAAGAUGCUCGAAUAUUUCCUGCACAACAGCGUGGAGGAUCCGGUCAAAGCUAUCAUACAGCAGCUCAAAGGGGUGGAAGAGGUUCGCGGGGCCUUUGAGAUCGGAGAUGGUGUCAUUUUUGAGAACCAUCCUCAUGCCCUCAGCGACGUCUCUGAGGAAGUCGUUGACAGGGAGACGCCAUCGACACCACGGACGCCAGACCGCCGACGAGAUCGAGAUUUUAACCAGCUGCGGCCGGACCAGAUCUGCAUCUAUCGAUCCGACGAUACUCUCUCCACACGGCGCACCAUGGUUUACGUUUGCGAGUAUAAGCCGCCUCAUAAGUUGACAGCUCCGCAUCUACGCCUCGGUCUCCGCUCCAUGGACAUCCACAGGGACGUUGUCAACCGAAAGACGAUUCCCACUUCAGUGGAUCCGAACGACCGUUUUCGAUACUGGGCAGACAGGCUGGCGGCGUCGGCUGUCACGCAAACAUACCACUACAUGAUCGAAAGUGGCCUCGAGCAUGGUCUUUUGACUACUGGCGAAGCCAUCGUAUUUCUCAGAAUCGACUGGGACGAACCCGAGACGCUCUACUAUCAUCUAGCAGAGCCCGGCCCGGAGGCGUCAGCUCAUCCGACAAACUUCCACAUCUGCACAGCCGUCGGUCAAUAUCUUGCCUUUACGCUCAUGGCACUUGGCUCUCAUGGACGUGAGCAUAGACAGGAGGAGCGGCGAAGAGCAACCGACAAGCUGAAGACGUGGGCCGAGGACUUUGAAACAACAUUGCGCUCCAUUCCAAAGGAUGAACGAUCGGCAUCACAGGAGGACUCACCUGGUUAUCAGCCUACCACCUACAAAGACGUCGAUCGGUCACCGUACAUUCUCCGCAAAAGAAAGCGCAGAGCUGCUGGGGGAGAGAUUGAUAAGACACCGUUGAGGAAGGACGAUAGGGAAGACCCUUCGGAUGACGAGUCGGCGCCCAGGCCACCGGAUACCCCUACACCAGCCGGACGAAGCACAGCUCAAGGCCCUCGACGGAGUCAGCGGCUGAUGCUGGAGCCUCGGCCACGCGAAGGGGGUGGCAGCGGACAAGGCCGAGGCCAACAGUACUGCACGCAGAAAUGCCUCCUCGGACUGCUAAAGGGGAGCUUUCUCGAUUUAAAGUGUCCGAAUGUUGCCCUUCACUAUAAGAGCUGUGCUCACGUUGACGUUCAUUCUCGCGCACGCCACCCAGUCGGUCACCCCGAAUGGUUGGAACUUCUUUGGAAGCAGCUAGAACAGUCAUUAGAUGACGGGAUCGAGCCGCUCGGGUUGGGGGGCGCGCGGGGUGUGCUAUUCAAGGUAACCCUGCUUGCAUAUGGCUACACAUUUGUCGGCAAAGGCACGGUGCGGGCUUUCAUCAAGGAUCUCGAGCAUGAGGCUGCGGUGUACAAGCGUCUGGAGCGUAUCCAAGGGCUCCACGUGCCUGCCUUCAUAGGCGCUAUUGACCUCCGAUCGAUGAACAAGAUUUACUACUACGACCACCGGGUCUACGUGGUACAUAUGACCUUCUUGUCCUGGGGAGGCAGCUCCAUGGCUGAGGCAUUGAACGUUGGUGAAACCGCAAAGACUCUCCAGAAUAUGGCCAUCCGGUCCCUGCGAGCCAUACAUCAAGAGGGAGUGAUUCACAAGGACAGAAAUAGUGUCAUGAUGAUUGACUUUGAACGAGCUUCGCUGCUUGAGCCUCCUCGACUUCCGUUGACCCAGUUGGUGCCUAACAAGCGCAGACGGAAGCCGGAGACGAUAGAUCGCAAGCAUGCGGCUGACAAGUCCAGUGAUCGAGUGAGUGGAGAAUUUUCGGAGGAUAUUCACAUGGCAAAGACAGUGUUUCGGGACUGUUAUAUGCAGUAA